UCCGCCCAUCCACCGCCACGUCCGGCUUGUAUCCGCACAUAGCGUCUUUUCUAGUUCUAUUAUUUCUACAUCUAUUUUUCUUUUAGUCUAAUCAUGGCCCCCAACCCUAAGGUCGGUGAGGCCCUGGCUCGUGUCCAGUCUGUUGCUGGCGAAAAAGGCCCCGCGUACGAAGCCGUCCUCGCUGACAUCAAGAACCUCUCUUCGCCUCCCACCGCCAUCGACGAUCUCAAUGCCAUUGCCGACGCCUUCUUUGCCCAGUCCCUCGGUGUCGUAUCUACACGAUCCGUUCUCAACGCCUUCAUAUCGACGCUGCGCGAGCUCAAGAAUGAGGACAUGUGGAUCGAGGUAGGCAACCGCACCGCCGCACUCUUGUCGAGCCAGCCGGCAUCCUUUCUCGAUGCUGCCGCCACGCUGCAUGAGCUGGUUGCCACGGCUCACGAGAACAACGAAGACUUUCUAGAUGCUGCCAAGUCGCUCGCCGAAAUCUCUCUCGACAGCUCCCAGCGCAAGGUGUCCGACGCCGACAAGGCACAGAUCUGGAUCCGCAUCGUCCGCAACUAUCUCGAGGUGGGCGACUCGACCGCCGCCGAAAUGUACAUCAACAAGCUCAAGAAUAUCAUGCACACUGUCUCUGACCCCGACCUCAACCUUCACUUCAAACUCUCCCAGGCUCGUAUCCAAGAUGCCCAGCGCGACUUUCUCUCCGCAGCACAACGGUACCACGAAAUCAGCUUCUCCCAUUCCAUUGCCGAGGAGGAGCGGUUACAUACCCUUAGUAUGGCUAUCAAGUGUGCCAUUCUUGCACCUGCUGGCCCGAAUCGAAGCCGCUCCCUGGGCCGACUGUACAAGGACGAGAGAGCACCGCAACUGGACGAGUUCAGCAUGCUCGAAAAGAUGUUCCUUGACCGCUUGCUGUCACCCGAAGAAGUCAAGGCAUUUGCCGAAGGUCUCCAGCCGCACCAGCUGGCUACCACCGCUGACGGAUCUACUGUCUUGGCCAGGGCCGUCGUAGAGCACAACCUGUUGGGCGCUUCCCGACUCUACAGCAACAUCCGUUUUGAAGCUCUUGGUUCGCUGUUAGGCUUGGAUGCCGACAAGGCUGAAGAGACUACUGCCAAGAUGAUUGAGCAAGGUCGUCUUGUCGGCCGCAUGGACCAGCUCGACGGCAUAGUAUGGUUUGAGCGCCAAGAGGCUUCGGGCGAAAAGGGCAGCAGUCGCGCAGAAGCCAUGGUUGGCAAAGAAAUGCGCAAAUGGGAUGCAAACGUUGAGAGCCUGGCGGAAGACGUGGAAACCACGACAAACGCACUGCAAAAGGAGUUCCCUGAAUUUGUAGCUGCCAAUCUUGCAUAGCGGUUCUUAUGAACCUCUCAGUUUUGAUAUCUUUCUCUUUUUUGGCGUUUGCACUGCAUCGGCGUUGGAUGGGCGAGAAAUGCGAAUUGGUAAAGAAGACACUACACUUUACGUUUACAUGGCGCAGAUUUAUAGAAAAGCCUUUUCUAGACCAUUAUGCUGUCGCUGAUACAUGCUCUAUACGAAAUAAAUGAAACCAAGUUGUCGUUAAAACCUUAUCAAGUGCCCCGUGUCUAUCAGUCCAAGUCUCGGCGCCGAACUAUAACAUAGCCCUGGUUAAUUUGCUUCGGGUUGCCUUCUUCCUCUUCCCACACGACCUCGUCGUUAGAUCGGGUUCGUCGUUGGCGUCUGGCUGUUGGUUUUACUGGCGUUUCCUCGACUGGCGGGUUGGCGGCGAUGAGAGGUAUCAAGUGGUCAGCGAUGUGCCCGCCCAUCCAGUCGUACCCAUCAUCAGUAAGAUGUACGCCGUCGUCCCAGUACA